UCCAAACUGUUGGAGGACAGAUGGUUGAGGGUGAAGUACCGCAAUGCUCUAUUUCAGAAGAGCCCCGUUCUUGCACAAAGUGCUCCAGUCACACCAUCAACUGCCAAGCUGUUCAUGUGCGGCCACACUGCCUCGGGCAAGACCACCAUCUCCACCAAUCUGGUCCGCCCCUAUGCAGCCCUCUGGCAGUGUGUGAAGCCGCCAUGGCAGGAUCAUGCAUCAACGGUGGGAAUUGAGAGGAGGACUCUCAGAUUUGGAGAGGGGAAGAAACUCCUUAUUUACGAUCUGGGAGGCCAGGAGGUCUACCACGCUUUUCAUCACUAUUUCCUCAGGGGCAGCGGCAAAAAUCUCUUCAUGGUGGUGUGCAAGGUUGGAGGUCCUGGAGGUGACUCGGAAACAGAGCUCCAAUACUGGCUUCGCUUCAUAGCGGCCCACCAAACUGCAACACCAGCUAGGAAACCCACCAUUUUCUUAGUACCCAACAUCUUUGUUCGUGAUGACCUGGUAAAAGCUCGAGCAGCUGCGACGUCACUGGUACUCAAGUACAAGGACAGGCUAGACUUUGUUCAGGGCCAACGUGGUGAUCACUAUUUCGAGGUGAAUGGGUUGAAUGCUCGUCAGGUACAGAAGGAACUGAAGCCCAAGAUGGCGAUAGCAGUGGGCGAAAUGAUAAGUGAAGGUCCUGUGAUUCCCUGGACUUGUGAUGAGGUUAUCAGAGGGCGGGCUUCAUCCACACCAUGGUAUCAUAUCCACACGCGGGCACAAACAAUUGUCCAGCAGAGGGUGGUCGACCUACAUGAGAUGUCCAAGGCUUGGUUCCAGGGGGACAAAGAAGUUCAGGCAUUUGCUGCACAAUACACAUUCAUCUGCCUACAUGACAUGGGAGAAGCUGUCUACUUUGGGGCAGAUGACACAUAUCAAAACACGGAUCCAAACGACAAGGAAGCUGCAUUGAUUGUCAACAAUGCAGUUCUAGACAUGCCAUGGUUUCUCCACACUGUGUUAGGAAUUUUCAUUCCUAAGCAAGACAGAAACGAUACGAUGAAGUGGGGGGAACCCAAGUGGUCUGCUGCGAAAGCAGUACAAGAGCUCAAAACACUUGGAGAGACUGCAGAGGGCAACAUCUAUUUCCUGCUCAAGCUGCUCUGUGAGAUGGGGGUUCUCAUUCCUGAUGGCAUGAGGAGCUGGGACAUAAGGUGGUCAGAGCCACGAAAUCGGCCAGAACACCUCAUUGUGCCUGCAUUAUUGUGUGAUGAGUUCACUAGAUGGAUUGAAAGCGAGCAAACAUAUGAUUGUUGGGGUCUGAGAUUGCAAGCAGACGACAAUAUGAAGGGCUUCGUUCUUCUCCCAUCAGGAGUUUUUGCAGUUAUUCAAGCCAAUGUGAAGGAGAUGUGUAACAGAUGGGGCCAUGGAAGUAAGAUUGGUGCUGGUUGGGUUUCCUUCCAAGAGGGUGUCAUUCAAGUUCUGGUGACUAUUGGUGGGGAUUAUAAGCAUUGGACAGAUCGGCAAUGGGUGGAUAUUAUGUUGAUGGUGCCCAAGGAGGAAAAGAAGGGACUCAAAGGGGAGCAGUUCAUGAAGGAGAUACGGGGUUGUGUAUUCAAGGAAACUAACAGGGCCUGUCCUUUCAUUAAACUUGAAGACCAUGUUCUGAAUCCAGUGAAG